AUGAUACCGAUGCAUUACGUAAAAGAAAAUAGAUGGCUUGGGAUAAAGACAAAAAAAAGUAUGUAAAUAAGAAGGCACUUAACAAUAAGAUAAAGAGGAUCGUGGUAUGAAGGUUGAAAAAGGAAAAUAAGAUUUUAAGAAAUGGCAGAAAUAGACAAGUAUUUAAUUAUAGAAUGUUGGAGAAGAAGAAGUAAAGAUUUACUUAUAUUUUAGCAUCAAUAAAUAGUUUCUAGAGCAAAAGAGUUGUUUAAAAAGAGACAAAUGAGAAGCAAAGGAUAUUACUUUAAUUAAGAGGAGGGACCAUAAAGAGGAGGUAAGUAAGAGAUAAAAAGACCAGAUUAGUUGUUAAAAGUAUUAAUUUGUAAUUUAUAUUUUAGUCUAAAAAAAUAAAGAAGAACUUGAAAUUGAAGAAUAUGGAGAAGGGUAAACGUAGAUAGAUAGUAAGAAACAAAGAAAGAAUAAAUUGUGAUUAAUAAAUAUAUAUAUUUUAUUAUUAUGGACGGAAAGAAGGU